UAAGCUGGUUUGACGUCACGUGACCGUUAAAAUGUCAGAAUGGUGCAGGAUUUCUAUGGAAUUUUUGAUUGUUUUCGUUCCAUUGGGCUAUGCUUGCUGAUGUCUGUGACUUAUGUCGCCAGUUUGCACGUAUGGAAAUCGCCGCACAACAGGUAACACAUUCAAGUUUCAGGAUUUGUGCACGAAAAACACCUUUUCACACAACAUGAACAAAAUCGAGUGGGCUAGCGACGGAUGCCCUCCGCACCGCGCACCUCCCUGCCGCUCCCCGUUACGGUAUAGUCUACGACAAAUUCAAUGUCGGGGGAAAAAAGAACAAGACCAACAAAGGCAACUAUAUUAUUUAUUACAUAACAAAAGACUGCACCACUGGCUACUUGUUUAUUUAACAAAAUAUCUUAAAUGUUGUCUUCAUAUAAAAAAAUCUUUUUUUUUGGUAUUUUGAACCGUUUGUACAGUUCACAUCAUUUUCAUAAGUUGAAUGAAAGGUUAAACAGUCCAGAGACCAUCCAUCCACAAUAAAGAAACGUUUCAUUAGUGUCUUUUUCAUGUUAUUUAUUUCGCCAUGUUUCCUUUACAUAGGAAUACACAGCAAAACUCUCGAAAAGAUUUCUUUACUCGGACUGUUGGGUUUUAAAACUCGCGGAUUAUGUCAAGCGACUGUGAUGCCUUUAUUUCUCACAAUGAUCCUAUUUCUGGGACCAAUCGCAAUGAAAAUACAUAGUGGGUUAUUGAAAUUGUACACCGAACCCAUGUACUGGAUCAAUAAUAUGAAAAAUUUAAUUUGGUUAAGGAAUCAUCUAGUUGCCCCCCUUUCCGAAGAAUUUACUUACAGGAGUUGUAUGUUACCUUUACUACUUGAAUGUUUUUCUCCGAUGACAGCUGUUUCAAUCAGUCCGUUGUUUUUUGGAGUCGCCCAUUUUCAUCACAUGCAAGAACGAAUCAAGUACGGAAUGGACUUUAAUACAGCUUUUAAAAUUGCAUGUUUUCAAUUUGUUUAUACGACGAUUUUUGGUAUGUAUUCGGCGUAUUUGUUACUACGAACUGGUCAUUUCAUGUCGACUUUUAUCGUUCAUGCAUUUUGUAAUCACAUGGGAUUUCCCGAUUUGGUCGAAGUUACCACAUACAAAAGGGAGAAAAAAAUCAUUAUAACGUGCUUGUUUUUCGUCGGAUUCGGCUUGUGGUGUCUCUUAUUAAAUCCAUUAACAGAACCUACUUGGUAUUACAACAAUCUCUCAUGGUACAAAGUUAAAUAGAAAAUUGUUACUUAAUUCUAGUUUAGGAUAAAACACUUUGCUCAAGUUUUUUACGAUCUUGACUCUAGAAAUAAUCCUAUUAACAGUAUUUGUAAUUGUACCGUUUAAUAAAAAUGUUUGAUUGUUA